AUGAUUAGGGAGAUAACAGACUUUGCUGCGCACGCUGUGGCUGUUCCUUGGGAAGAAAUGGUGGAAGCUACCAAAUCGGAUACGGAAUUACAAACGAUUCUAGAGAUGGUUGAACAAGAUAAACGUGAUGAACUGCCAAUUGAGUUUCGGAUCUUCGCUAAUGAAUUAUGUAGAGUUGGAGACAUCCUAUUACGCGGAGAUCGUAUAGUAGUCCCUAGGAUACUGCGGGCCCGGAUUCUUCGUAUCGCUCACGAGGGGCAUCUGGGAACCUCAAUGAUGAAAUCAACGUUGCGUUUAUCGGUGUGGUGGCCCAAGAUGGACAGAGAUGUGGAGACUUUCGUCAGGAAUUGCCGUGGUUGUAUAUUGGUAUCAGCACCAGAUGCACCAGAGCCCAUGAUAAGGAAACAAAUGCCCGCAGGACCUUGGCAGGAAAUAGCCGUUGAUUUUAUGGGACCACUGCCUGAAGGUCAAUGGCUAUUCGUGGUAGUGGACUAUUACAGCCGUUUCGUAGAAGUUGUGGAAAUGAAGAAUACCACUGCUAUCGACACAAUACGAGAAUUAUCGACGAUAUUCGGUCGGUUUGGAGUCCCUAUCACAAUGAGAGCUGAUAACGGGCCCCAAUUGAGUAGUGAAUGUAAGGAGCUUAGGCAAUUCUGUGAAGAAUUAAAUAUUAAACUGGUGAACACGAUUCCGUACUGGCCUCAAGCGAAUGGAGAGGUAGAGCGUCAGAAUAGAAGCAUAUUGAAACGCCUACGAAUCGCGCAGGAAUUAGGCAAGGACUGGCGUUUAGAACUGAGAAAAUAUUUACUGGCAUACCAUUCUACAAUUCAUUCGACAACAGGAAAGACCCCUUCGGAGCUGAUGUUCGGGCGCAGGAUUAGAAAUAAACUGCCAUCGAUACCGGAGUACAAAGAAGAUGGGGAAGUUCGAGAUAGGGAUAAAAUCGUUAAGGAAAAGGGGAAGGAAUACUCCGACAACAAACGGAAGGCUCGUAGUAAUGAAAUUGAAGAGGGGGAAUAUGUCUACGUUAAACGACAGAGAAAGGAAAACAAAUUGGCUGCCGAUUAUUCUUCGGAGCUGUUCAAAGUAAUCAAACGAAUGGGUUCAGAAGUUAAAAUUAAAUCAUUAAUAUCAGGGAACGAAUAUAAACGUUAUGUAUCACAUCUUAAGAAAGCAGAAGUACAAGCACAGGAGACAGAUAGACGAUCAGAAUAUUCUCAAACAGGGUUACCAAUAAGGGCGGAAAAUUCUAACGCCGAGAAGGGUUCAGAAUAUCGAAUAGAUGGCCUUCGACAGGAUGAGUUUAGCGAAGAAUCGGCGCAUGAUGCAGGUGCUUUAGGGCCAGAUAAACGAAGACGUUUGGCUCCCAAGAGGUUCCAAGACUACGUGCCUUUUUAA